AUGUGGCGCUCCAUCGCAUACGCCGUCGCGCUGCGCGCCGCGACGGCUGCGCUCGCAGACGUCGGCGGCGGCGGAGAACCGACGGCGGCCGGAGCGACGACGGCCGCCGGCGCGGCGGCCGGCGGCACGACGGCGACGGCGGGCGGCGUGAUGGACCCCGCCGUCGGCGGCCGGGGCGCGGAAGAGUGCUGGGACAGGGACGUGUUCUGCGACUUUUGCGACGGCUGCGACUGCUGCGAGCUCGGGCGUCAAGGGCUCCAAAAGAACGCCGCGCAGACGCGGUCGGUGUUCCGGGAGUUCUACACGACGCCGGCGUACGCGUCGUUCCUCGCGUGCGCGGAGCUCUCGCCGGAGGCGCUGCAGCGCGCGCUCGACGCGCACGCGACGAACCUGACCGCGGCGGCGGCGCGGGGCGGCCCCCGCGCGCUGCCGCAGGAGCUCGUCUUCAUCGUCGGCUUCGGCGGCUCGGGCACGACGCUGUUGGCUCGGCUCCUGAGCGCGCACCCGGACGUCUACGUGGGCAUGGAGCACAAGCUCGCGAACGUCUUCCUGCGCGCGCGCGAGCGCUACGCCAUGGAGGAGCUGACCAUGAGCCUGACGGGCGGCGCGGCGCUCGCGGCCGACGCGGCCCUCGCGGGGCUGCUGGCCCAGCUGCUGGCCGACUCGUGGGCGACCGAGGCGUCCGGAAAGCGCGUGCGGGGUCUGAAGCUCUUCGACGCCGCGUCCGUCGGGCGCCUCGCGCGCGCGUUCCCCGAGGCCCGCUUCCUCCACAUCGUCCGCGACGGCCGCGCCGCGGCCGCGUCCGUGGCGCGGAAAUCCUCGUCGUGGGCGAACCUGGUCAACGGGAGCGCGCUGGGCGCGGUCCCGCUCGAGGCCGCGCUGCGAUCCUGGGCGUCGCUCGAGCGCGCGCUCGAGUACGAAGCGCCGCUGCUCGGGGACCGCUACGCGAAGAUCGCCUUCGAGGACCUCGUCCGGUCGCCCGACGUGACGUUGCUCCGCGUCUGCCGGCUCCUGGGCGUGCCCUUCCAGGAGGAGAUCCUCCGGCCGGCCGCCGCGCCGCGCCGCGAGCCGCUCGUCGAGAACGCGCGGCGCUUCGAAGACGGCGUCCUCCCGGCGACGUGGCUGGACCAGUGCGAGCACGGCGUCUGGGCGCCGCGGGCCAUCGACCGGGAGGCCGCGCACGCGUGGCGGCGAACCUGGUCGCCGGAGGACGACGCGCGGGUCCAGCCCCUCGUCUGGGACGUCCUCCGGGAGGCCGGGGCAACCGCGUGCACGUCCGAGACCCACGGCGCCAGCCUCUGCGGCGUGGGCUACGCCGAGCCCAAGCAGACCUUCCCCGGCGACAUCAUCUGCCGUACCUACGCCUUCGCCGAAGAGCUGGCGCGCGCUGCGCGCAUGAAAGCACAGGACGACCAGCUGGCCCGGCUCGGCGAGGGCGUGGACCGGAUUCGGGGCCUCGGACAGAACAUGCAGGAGGAGACCAAGACGCAGCUGGGUCUCCUCGACCAGCUCGAGAGCGACGUCGACAAGACGACGCUCGGCAUCCGCGAGGAGACGAAGCACGCCGAGCAGAUCACCGUCAGCGGGCAGACCUUCUACAUGUACGUGUGCAUAGCGAUCCUCGUGCUCGUCAUGGUCCUCGAGCUGAUCAUCGGCCUCCAAUGAUCGGCGCCCCCCGCCUUCCCCCGUAAACAUACGCUCCACACCCU